GAGCACUAUAUAUAUAGCCUUUUGUUUUCUGAGUCUCUGAGUUUUAGCAAGCAGCCAGCUAGCUUGUGUGUAUAAUGGCGGACGAGGUUGUUCUUUUGGACUUCUGGCCAAGCAUGUUUGGGAUGAGGGUGACAGUUGCGCAGGCUGAGAAGGGUGUCAAGUAUGAGUACAAAGAGGAGGAUUUGCUCAACAAGAGCCCACUACUUCUGCAGAUGAACCCAGUUCACAAGAAAAUCCCUGUUCUCAUCCACAGCGGAAAACCGGUCAGCGAGUCAACCAACAUUGUGCAGUACAUUGAUGAGGCUUGGAAGGACAAAGCUCCUUUGCUUCCCUCUGAUCCUUACCAGAGAGCUCAGGCCAGGUUUUGGGUUGAUUACAUUGAUAAGAAUGUAAGUUCUUUUGCCUUAAUUUUGUCUAAUUAAUUAAUUUAGUAUAUAUAUUUUGUGAA